CGAACCGAACCAGUCCAUUAGUCUUAGAUCGGGACGCGUGGACAUCUGACGCGCGUGGAGGAGUUCUUUCGCAGCUGUUCGUUUCAUUUCGUUUCGGGGUGCCGAUCGCGUUUGGGUGUGCUUUUUUAAUUCGGGAUUCUUCGCCGAUGAUAAGUGUCUGGGACUGAUGCUGAACAGUGCAUGGUUAAGAUAAACAAAAACAUUUUAGUGUGUAAAAGUACAUCGAACAAAUAAGAGGUGUGCUACGGUUCGACGGAGUUGUGAUGAGUCUGCUCAUGAAUGAAACCAGUGUUUAAGGGGUGCGUGGGCGUUAUUGAAUUACCAGCCGUUUAGUGUGAAUCAAUGAAAGCAGCAACGGCCAGCUAGCUGGAAGCUGAGUAGAUCGUAAAGGAUGUCUUCGGAUAGGAUUCACAGAGCGGCCAAAGACGGCUUGCUGGAUGUGCUGAAGGAGGCCACACGAGCUGAGGCAAAUUCCAAAGAUGCCGAUGGGAUGACUCCAGUUUUGUGGGCAGCCUUCGAGGGUCGCCUAGAGGCCCUCAAGUUGCUUGUUGGACGAGGAGGUGAUCCGGACAAAUCAGAUCAAUUCGGAAAUACAGCUCUGCAUCUAGCUUCUGCCAAAGGACACAUGCAAUGUGUCGAUUUUCUGGUUCAGUUUGGGGUAAACCUAUAUGCCAUGGACAUAGACAAUCACACUGCUCAGGACCUGGCUGCCAUCAACAAUCGGGAUAAUAUUUUACGAUAUUUGGAUGCAGCUGCCGGAAACUUGGAAGCUGUCGAUAAGAAAAAAGUAAAAGACUUGAAGGAUCAAGCCAAAAAGAAGUCGGAAAAGCGUGCUCGGGAAUUUUCCAAGAAGCAGCAGAAAAAUGACCUGGCAAACGAAGACGAUAUUCGCGUUAGACCGCAUCGGCCAUCCAAUGUGUUGCAAAUAUUGAAGCACAAAAUUUGGUCCGGUAGUCAGGGUAACUUGAAGGCUGCCCACCAGAAGGAUAACAUGAACUCGACCAAAUUUAGUGCCCUGGUUGGGGGAACUAUUACGGGACCGAGAGGAGCUGUGAAAAAGCGAGCAGAGGCUACCAAGUUGAGGCAACAAAUGGAGAAUGGUGGAUUCAAAAUAGGUGAAAUGGAAGCUACGGGUAAGAGAAGCGUUCGAUCGAUUCAGGGAGUGCAGAGGGAUUCGGAAAUUUUGUACGUGGGAACGUACAAUUCAUCCGACGAGGGUGGAAAGCGUGGGAAAAUCAAGGAUGUGUUUGACAUCGAUUCCAAUGACUACGAAGAGGUGGAGGAGGAGGAUGACAACGAAAGUGUCGGAUCCAACGUGAAGUUCAAUACCAUAUCCCGGUCGGUUAGUCAGCCGGAUUUUCUUGCCAACCUAAACGACGACCUCACCAACGAUGUGAUGCUCCAAAGCCGACCCAGUAUUUUCAACAGGCCAUCGGGAAACCUGGCAAUGACUCGAUCCGUUUCGACGGUACUUGCCCAGCUGGGCAACAACGACCAGUCAGCAAACGAAUCAUCGGACGGUGGUGGUCGGUCCGGAAAACCUCUACCCAAAAACGGACCCAUUAAACCCCGAUCUCAGCUGGUCAUAUCGGACUCGGACACGGACGAGGACAGUUCAGACAACGAGGAAAACGAAUCGCUGGCGGUGUUGCGAUUCCUGGCAGCCUUCAAGCUCGAAGAUUACUAUCCGACAUUCCAAAAGAACGAAAUAGAUAUGGAAACACUGAUGCUCCUCACGGAAAGUGACAUCAAGUCACUGGGUCUUCCACUAGGGCCGUACAGAAAAUUAUGCAAUGCCAUCCAGGAACGUAAAGAGGCUCUGGCCAGCCCGGGAACGAUCUUGGAUAGUCGCCUUUGAAUCAAUGUGAAUGUAUGAUAAGAAGUUUAUAUUUGCAUGUUCUAUCAAUACCAUUGCAUCUCUGUAAAAAGAACGAACUUUUAAAUGUAAAUAAAAAUGAAUCUAAAAAAACUAA